UUUCGCAACAAAGACAUCGUGCUCCUAAAUUUAGCGAUUUUCUCAUUCAACGACGGAAAAUCUCGUGUAACAUAACAUAUUUAUCAAUCGAUGGGUGCGAUUCUCUGAUGAACACGUUAAUUUAACGGUAAUAUCAAAUAUCUCACCAAAACGGUCGACAAACGUUUACCGGCAAGAUUUUGAAUUCAUUGAUCGACGACACAACUACCAAACAACAAAACACGCGUGGACUAAAGUUUAGUACUGAAACCAUGGCUACCUCAACAGAAGCACAGGCGGAUUUUGUGAGACAGAGAGAACCAGAAGCCAAAUUUGCUGCUGAGUGUUUACUGUCGAUGGCGAUGUCGCUACAAAAUCCAAAACCUCAGCCAGCAAUACUCAGCGAUCAGACGAUUGACUGUCCAGCUGGUAGCGAGGCGGACAAUAACUUCCAACUACCAAAUCCUUUGUUCAUGGUGGCGCGAAUUCUGACGGAUUUAAACAAGCACAGGCCACGAUCACAGGCAAACUCCCCGGUAAACGAAUUUCCGUCUUACCAAGAGUCAGGAAUCAUUCCAAGCGAAGACAGCGAUAUCGAAACAGACUUGAAUUCAAACCGAAAACGAUCGACGAAAGCUGCCCCACCUACCUCACCGGCCAUGGUGGGCGGGAGACAAAGAGGAAAACGUGCCAGGAAAAGUAGUCUUGGACCGGCUCCUAAGAAACAUCGAUGCCAUUACAAAGAUUGCGACAAGAUUUAUGGGAAAUCAUCGCACUUGAAGGCCCACCUUAGAACCCAUACAGGUGAACGACCUUUUCCUUGUACUUGGCCAGAAUGCAACAAGAAGUUUGCUCGCUCUGACGAAUUGGCGAGACACUACCGUACACAUACUGGCGAGAAGCGAUUCGCCUGCCCAAUCUGCGACAAGCGAUUCAUGCGAAGUGACCAUCUUAUGAAACAUGCUCGUCGCCAUGCUAAUUUCCAUCCUAGUAUGAUAAAGAAGCACAAUGGUAACCAUAGUAACUGUUUGGUGUCAUCUCCAGGGAGUCCAGAAUAAAAAAAAGAGCAGAGAAAAUGUUGAAAAGAUGCAUAAUGCCAGGACAGUCAUUAAAAGUCUAGCGCUUGGAUACAAGUUGAGAGAAGUAGUUUUGACGCAAGAGGGAAAUUAUGUUUUCAUCUAAAAUGUGUUCUAUUCUUAUAACUGUGACCAUGCAAGGCGGUGAGGGUUUUCCGUUUUAGGAAACUUCUUGCAGUGUUGUCAGUGAAUAUUGACUGCUGAAUUCUAUGGUCUUGUGGAAUUUUAACUUGCUCUGAACAGACUCUUGCUGUGCAAACUUGUCUCUUUUUCAGUAUUACAUAGUCUUUUACAUAAUUUACAGUAAAACCACUUUAAUACUCUGUGAUAUAAUAUAACUUUAUUGAGAGAGAGAAAAAAAACAUGCUGCACUGAUUGUGUUAUUUAUUUGGCAACCAAGCAAAGGAGACUGGCAAACAUUCCAACUUCAAAUUUUUUAUUACAAAUAUCGAAAUGAAAAUUAAUUUAAUAGAAAUAUGCAGGUUACAGAUUGUGUGGUCUUAGAGUUAGAAGACCAAUUUAUGGCUGCUGAGUCACCCUUGCGUUAAUUUCAUUAGUUUAGGUGGGGUGAGUGUAAAACCUGCAUAAGUUUAUAGGUGUUCUUAUGAACCAUUCUUAAAUGUUACAGCCAUAUUUGAGAAAUUAAUUAUUCUUCAAUAUUUUAUCAUCGUUUGAGUGAUUGGGGAAGAAGGUUCUCCUAGUUACUGCUUCUCAUUGACCCUGCCACAUUAGUUCAUUUAGUAUACAUUAUCUGUUCUCCUUAUUUCAAAUUACUUCCUUAAUAAAUGAUAAAGCAAAACCUUGACACCCCCAUUAUAGUUGUAAAUUGGUAUCAUCUAGGGGCUUGCCGGAAUAGCUGGUCUAUUCCAUUUGCCUGAGUGGGGAACAAAGCUUAACUUCUCCAAUAAGAGCAAUAACAAGGCACUUGUAAGAUUGUUUCUUUCUGUUUAUGCGUAUAUUUAUGUGUCUUUCUGUAUUUACACAAGUUUUUGGAGAGUCAUUUAUUUACAGUUCUAACUAUGAUCACUGCUUUUUGAAACCAAUUCAUGUUGUAUUUUUCGAGGAACCGCUGUAAGUUAUGCUGUAUGACCAAUGGAAAUGGAUUUUUUUAAGACUUGCAUUGAUUUCCUCAGAUUUCAUUUUUUUUUAGUGUUUGUAAUUUCUAAUAAUGGUAUGUAUUUGAACUCUGCCCACUAUCUUGUAUUAUUUUGGGGUUAAUUUUAUUCUCAAUAACUAUAGAUUUAUAAUAUAUAUUUAAUAUUUUCUAAUAAUUGUCUCGUUUAAAAUUAAUUAAUUAACACAUAAACUAUAUGGUCCGCGUUGAAUUUGGUCAUAUUAUAUUUGUAAUAUUAGUAGCUAUACUGUAUUUGCGAUAUUAGUAUCGCAUACCCAAUGAAAGCAGUUUUAAAGCGAGAGGGUCAUCAGCUGGGCACGCACGGGAAUUGAGUCCCAAGCAAUAACAACACGCGCUAAGAACGCAGAGGCUCAUGGGUAGACGAUUGUUUGUAAAUAAUGACAUGCUAUGGCCACCUGACGCAGGUGACGACUCCCUCGCUUUAAGUGCACUUGCAAGGGAGCAAACGUGGUAAUUGUUUUGCAUACUGUUGAUACUAUGUAAAGGGACUUAAUGUCAUGUGUGACGAUGAUGUACAUCAUUUUGUCACAUUGUACUGUUUUGUAUUCUAAUUAUCUACUUCACAAUACCUGCAUAAUUGUUGUCCUAUGCCACGAUUUUUUUAAUAGUGCAAGGAUGAGACCUAUGCUGAGUACAUGUUAGGUUAAGAGGGUGUGGCAGGGAUGGACAAUUGUUUUUUUUUUUGUUUUUUUUAGAAUUUAUUUAUAGAAAGUUGUAUAUUUUAUAUGGGAGCGAGAGGAGCCAAUUAUCUAGUCCGUCCCAGUCAUCCACCUAGCAAAAAAUAGUACCAUGUACUAUCAAUAUUUUGUUUUUUAUUUUGGAUGUUUAUCAUGCGCAACGAUGAAUUCUCAAAUAAAAUGUAUUUGGCUGCACCCUUGAAUACAA